UCAAAUUUUUCGCCAAAAUUUUAAAGCUUGUACAGACUACAGAUACGCGUUUUUAUUCAUGGUCAGUGUCGUGCAAAUAUUUUAUGCAGUUUAUCAAAAUUCCCUUUCCUGAAAGAUCAAAAAACAUUGCACGAAUUUUCACCUGGAAACAACUCUACUUUAAUAAUUAAACUUAUAUCUUUAAUUAUUCACAUGAGCAUUGAUUAAAUAAUUCUGUGACACAACUGCUUCGUUUUGUAUAUGUUGAUUUUUUUUGACGAGUCAUUCGCAGCUGACAACUUAUCUGAUAACUGAUAUCGUAACAGUAUGUGCACCUCUACCCGUGAAAAACGACAUACUAAAAAAACAAGAAUGAGCUGUAAAAAAUUGACUCUGCAAGUAGUUAAGUGGAUAAUCAUUCAGAUCCAUUGGCUGUUUGAUUGUUUUGUCGAUUUUAUUUUUGGGCUGUAUUAUGAUAGCAAAGUGCAAAAAGUACCACCUGUUAAGAAUGAACUAUUACUUGAAAGUGCAAUAUCUUUAGCUAAAAAAAUCAGAGAAAGGAAAGUCGGCUGUGAGGUAGUAGUUACAGCAUUUAUUGACCGCUGUAAGGAAGUCAAUAGUUUAUUAAAUGCAAUUGUAGAUGAUCAGUAUGACCAAGCCAUUGCAAGAGCUCGCGAAGUUGAUACAUUAUUGCAAAAUAAAUCACUGUCUGCGGAGGAACUUAAAAAAAAUUUACCUUUGUUUGGAGUACCAUUUACGACAAAAGAGAGUAAUGAAGCUAAAGGAACUCUACAUUCAAUGGGAACUCUAAAACGCAAAGGUCAUCGUUCAACAGAAGAUGCUGAUGUUGUUUUAAAUGUUAAAAAAGCAGGUGCCAUAUUAAUUGGCAAAACCAAUAUUCCUGAAUUAAAUCAAUGGAUAGAAUCAAGAAAUAAAAUUUAUGGUCAAACUAAUAAUCCAUAUAACACUACUAGAGGUGUUGGAGGAAGCAGUGGAGGUGAUGCAGCUAUAGUUGCUGCUUGUGGAGUACCAUUUGCAGUUGGUAGUGACAUUGGUGGUUCCAUUCGAAUACCAGCAUCAAGAAAUGGAGUUUUUGGAUUCAAGCCAAGUGAAGGAAAAACUUCUUUAGUUGGAAUAGGGUUGAGAAAACAACAUUAUUAUAAUUCAAUGGCAGAAGCAGGUCCAAUAUGCAAAAAAGCUGAAGAUUUGGAUACACUUAUGUCUAUAUUUGUUGGACCAAACAUUGAAAUCAAAUUAAACUCUGAACAAGUUGAUGUGAAACAGCUUGAUAUUUUUUAUCAAGAAUGUUCAAAUGAUAUUCGAGCAAGCAAACUAAGCUCAGCAGCUCAAGAAGCUCUUACAAAAGCUAUUAGUCAUUUAAAGCAUGUAACUGGCUCAGCAACAAAAGUGAAAAUACCAGGUACAGAAUACAGCUACAGAUUAUGGCGUUAUUGGAUGACCCAAGAAGAUGCUGAUUUUACAUCAGAUCUAACUAAUAAUAACGGUAAAACAACCGCUGUGGCAGAAAUAAAAAAAAUGCUGGUGGGAAAUGCUGAAGUUACCCUUGCAGCUGUACUUAAAUUGAUAGACCAUGACUUUUUCCCUAAAGAAAAUGGAGAUUGGGCUCAAGAUGUUACACAUAAAAUGAAAAAAUAUUUAUUGGAAAAACUAGGAGAAAAAGGAGUUCUUAUAUAUCCAACAUUCAAUUCUGCAAGAUAUCAUUGUGCUCCAUUUUUGAGUCCUUUCAGUUUUGGAUAUUGGGCUAUAUUUAAUGUAUUGAAAGUUCCAGUUUGUCAAGUACCUAUGGGUCUUGAUAAAAAUGGAUUACCAAUCGGAGUUCAGGUAGUGGCUGCUCCAAACAAUGAUCAGUUAUGCAUUGCAGUAGCCAAAGAAUUAGAAAAAGCUUUUGGAGGAUGGGUUCCACCAUCAUAAUUAAAUUGAGGCAAAAAUAAAAUGAAUUUUUUAAAUAGCUCUAUUGCAAAUCCAAAAUAAAAUUUUUCAGUUAUCUU